AUGUCCGUUAAAUUAAUUUUAAUGUUGUUACUGAUAACGAAUGUUAUGGAAACUCUCGCGUCGUCUGAUUACUCAUACGAUGACUCCGAGGAGAUUCCUGACGUUUCAACUAACGCGACUGUGAAGUCAACUACAUCUGUUAUCAACAAUAAUUUGUAUGAUGAUGACAACGAGAAGCAAGCAAAUGAAGUUGUGAAAUCUCGAUUGGAUGCCAUGAGUGACACGUUCCGGAAAAUCAUCAACAAGAUUAAACUAAAGCACAAGAAAAUUGACAUGGUUUUUCUCGUUGAUUCAAGUUCUUCUGUUGGCAAAGAAAACUUCAUGAAUGAGAUAAGUUUCGUGAAAAGACUUUUGAGUGACUUUAAUGUUAGUUUCAAUUACACAAGAGUUGCGUUGAUAACUUUCAGUUCAAAAUCAAAGAUCCAUGUGCACAUCAAUCAAAUAUCUGAACCCUCAAAAGAAAACGACAAAUGCAUUCUGCUGAAUUAUCAAAUACCAAACAUCACUUACUCUGGUGGUGGAACAAACACUUACAGUGCACUGUUCAAAGCGAAAGAGAUUUUUCAGAAAUCAAAAAGAAAAACAAGCAAGAAGGUUUUAAUUUUAAUCACUGAUGGCUUCUCGAAUGGAAAAAAUCCAAUUCCGAUAGCUCAAGAAUUGAAAAUGUCAGGCGUCAUGAUAUUCACAGUUGGAAUAAGUUCAGGAAAUUAUGAUGAGUUGAGAUCGCUGAGUAGCAAGCCAAUCAAUAAUUACAAUUACAUGCUUUCGAGUUUUUCAUUGUUUGAAAGUUUAGCUCGAAAAGCUUUGCACACUGAUUACAAAAUUGGCGUCAUUCUUCCAGUCAGCAACAGUUCAUUUUGUGAUUCAUUGUGUGAUAAAAACGAGGCGCAAACAUCAUGUUGCGAUGUCAAUUCCCAAUGUGCUUGUGGCUUCCACUCAGGUCAUUAUUCUUGCAUUUGCAAUCCUGGUUAUUAUGGAACUGGAAUCUCUCCGAAUGGAUGCGAUCUGUGCCCGAACGGGUCUUACUGGAACUUCUGGAAUUCAUGCUUCAACUGUCCUGACAUUAAUCACGAAACGAGGAAAUCUCCAGCUUUAAGCAUCAACGAUUGUGUGUGCAAAAGUGGAUUUAAGGAAACUCAAAAGAAUCGUUGCGAAGUCAUCAAAUGUCCACUUUUACCAGUACCCGACAAUGGAUAUUUCGUUCAUUCAUCUUCAUGUUUGAAUACUGUAAACACUGCUUGUGGUGCACGUUGCAAUUCCGGUUAUCAACUUGUUGGAUCAUCGAUAAGACUUUGUCAAGAAGAUGGCACAUGGUCGGGUGAUGAAACUGAAUGUGUUUUAAAAACAUGUCCUGCCCUUGUCAUUCCACCUUUUGGAAUGGCGAUGUGCACAAACGCUGAUCUUAACAUGACAAUCGAUUACUCGCCUCGUAAUGAAACUUUCAUCAAAGAUUAUAGCGUUGAUGUCCAAAAGUUGACUGAAAACUUUUCAAUUGACACUGAAUGUGAAUUUUCGUGUGCAUUUGGAUUCUUUCUUGUCGGAAGUUCCAAGAGACAUUGCCUGCCUUUAUCGAAAUGGGAUGGCCUUCAGACAUCUUGCAAGCAAAUUUUAUGUCAACCACUGCCCAAAAUUCCAUUCGGAUCGUACAACUCACAAGAUUGCAGUGAUCAUAAAUCUUCAUUCUCAACAAAUUGUACAAUCACAUGUGAAAAUGGAUUUGAAAUCAAAGGGCCGUCGUUCAAAGUUUGUGGUGGUACAAGAAACGGUGUUUGGACGCAGAAACAUAAAAUUCCAAGAUGCAUCGAUGUCACUCCACCAACUCUUAUUUGUCCUCAAAAUUAUUCAAUCGAACUGAGUCAAAAUAAAAGUUACGUGCUGUUAGCAAAGUUUGAGCCGCUACAGAAAGUUGAAGAUAAUUCUGGAACAAAUGUAACAUUUUGGGUAAAGCCAGCGUUAAAAGAAGGUGGAACAAAGAUGUACAUUGGAAACUACACAUUCACUUAUGUCGCUGUUGAUGAUUUCAAAAACAAAGCAAAGUGCAACUUCUCUUUGGCGAUUGUCGAUAAAACGCCACCGAAAUUUGAAAAUUGCAUCACAAAUCAAACUUUUUAUGUGACAUCGAAGAACAACACAAAUCAAAAGAUUGAAUGGGAAGAACCAUUUGCAUAUGACAAUGUUGAUGAUAAGAAUGUGACAGUCAUGAAGUCACUUGAACAUGGUUUUCUUAAUCCCGGUGAAUAUUUAGUUAAUUAUACAGCUUUGGAUAAUUCAGGAAACUUCAAUUCUUGCUUGAUCACUGUUGAAGUGAAGGAGAAGAAAUGCGACGAACCCGAAAUACCUGAAAACGCUCAAAGAGUUUGUGCAAAGAAUCUCACAACAACUUGGUGUGACUUUCGUUGUAACUUUGGAUAUGAAAUUUUCGAGAAUGACACAGUGAUUGAAAAUGUUGUGCUUCAUUGUGACAAUGAUGAAAAGAUUUGGUCGAAAAGUGCUGGUCCAGAAUGUGUUGUCGUUGAACAACCAAAUUCAGUUGAAGAAAUUUUGACAAUUUCUUUGAACACCGAAGACAUGCUUUGCGAAGAUUUAGCCAAGAACGAAGAACAACUCAUAAAAUAUUUAAAAGCUGAAUUAUGUGGCGAUCAAGAAUGUGAUUUAACAACAGAAGCUCCAAAAUGCGUUGACGAAAGUUUAUCGAAUGAAGUUUCCAACUCAACUUUCUAUUCAAUCGUCAAACGUGACGUCGUUUCGCAGCCUCAAAAGAAAGUUCCAAACAAACAGAAAAAUCCAGGAAAAUUCGAAAUUUAUGUGAAAAUAUCAAAGAAUCUCGGAAUGUGGAAACCAAAUUCAACAAAGUCAGAAAACAUCAAAAAUGUAAAAGAAGAAUUGAAAAAAGUUAAUGCAAGUGAAAAGUUAAAGAAACGAUUACGAAACAUGAAAGUUGAUUUGACGGUUUUAAAGUUAGACGAGACGAUUAAAUGUAAUUCAGGAAGUGUUUCAAAGAAACUUGUUUGUGUUCAAUGUAAUCGCGGACUCUUUCAUGAUGAAAAGUUGAAUGAAUGUUUGCCUUGUCCUUUGGCAACUUACAGCAGUUUAAUGGGACAAACUUCAUGCAUUCAAUGUCCUUCAUAUCACUCAACAAGGAAAGUUGGAAGUCGCCAGUCAACAGAUUGUCGACAGUUCUGUCCACCUGGAACACAUGCAAGAAUUAAGCACAUGAAGAAACCGUCAGGAAUUGUUGCAGUAAAAACUUUAAUGCCAUUUUGUAGAACUUGUUUGGCUGGUCAAUAUCAACCUGAUUAUGAUCAGACGACAUGCAUUAAAUGUCCGAACAAUUUAACAUCUGAUCAAGGAUCGAAAACAAUUGAAAGUUGUUAUGAAAAGUACGACAAUUCGUGCACAAAUAAGACUUGUGGUGAUCAUGGAACUUGCGUUACAAGUCGUUCGUUUUAUUCGUGUGAAUGUCGAGAUGGUUUUUAUGGUCAAAACUGUGAACUGAAACAAGAUCAAUGUUCAAGCUCGCCAUGUUUCAACGAUGGUAAAUGUCGGUCAUUUAAUGAAACUGACGUGACUUGUGAUUGCCCUCCUGGUUAUCACGGUGACUUCUGCGAAUCUGUUGAUGAUCCAUGCACUCAAAAAAAUUGUCAAAACGGAGCAGUUUGCAAUGAAGUCAACAAAACAGCAACUUGCGAGUGUCUUCCAGGCUUUGAAGGCGAUUCAUGUGAACGAAAAAUUCUUAUCGACUUUUGUGCAAGUUCUCCAUGUUUAAAUAAUGGAACUUGCAUCAACAAAGAAGAUAGUUUUGAAUGCAUUUGUGGUGUUGGAUCGAUUGGUAAACGUUGCCAUUUGAUGGCAUGUGAUUACAAGCCUUGUCCAGGAAAUGCCGUUUGCAUAAAUUUAAACUUUAAACGAGCAACAAAGGAAAGUUAUUUCUGUAAAUGUCCGAAAGGUUUGAAAGGAGAAACAUGCAAUGACAUUGACAAUCCUUGUGAAAAGUUGCCUUGUAAAAACAGAGCUGAAUGUUCACCAUUUCUCCUUCGCGAUCCUAAGAAUGUCACAACAGUUGAAGAUGAAACAAUUUAUGAAAAGUUCUCUUGUAAAUGUCCACCAUUUUUCUAUGGUGAACGAUGUGAACUCUUCACAACUCCUGACUUUGUUUUGGACUUUGAAAAAUCGAGUGUUAAUAAUUAUGUGAAACUUUCGGGACCUGAUCACAAUUUAACUGAACUUUCAUUUUGUUCAUGGAUUCAAACAAACGAUCAAUUUAAUUAUGGUUCGUUGAUUUCUUACGCAUCAAAGGACAUCGACAACGCAUUCACAUUCACUGAUUACAAUGGUUUUGUUCUUUACAUUAAUGGCGAGAAUAUCAUCACUGACAUUAAAAUUAUUGACGAUGUUUGGCACUUUUUAUGUGUAUCGUGGACAAUGAAUGAAGGACAUUACGAAAUUUAUGUUGAUGGAACUCUCAACAUUCAAGGCUACAAUUUAAGUCGAUCAACUCCGAUAGCUGGUGAAGGAAUCUUCAUCAUUGGACAAGAACAAGAUAGUUUGGGAGGCAGCUUCAGUGAAUCAGAAUCUUUCGUUGGAAAAAUUUCUUACAUGGACUUUUGGGAUCGUCAAUUAAAUGCGAUUGAGAUCAACGAUUACUAUCGAACUUGCGACCCUUAUCAGGGAAAUCUUUUCUCAUGGACUGAUUUGAAGUUUAAAACUGUUGGCGAAAUCAAAAUUUCCCAAUCUGAAUUUUGUAAGCCAUGCGAACAAAACUUGACUGUUGAUAAUGGAAAUGUGAUUUAUGGCGAUCAAACAGCAUUCGUAAUAUGUUCAGAAGGAUUCAGAAUUCAAGGAAGUCCUGUUGUCUUCUGUUUGAGAACUUCGAAGUGGGAACAAUCAAAAAUGCCAACAUGUAAGAUUGUUAAAUGCAAUCCUCUGAAAACACCAACAAAUGGAAAACUUUCUUUAACGAAGACGAGCUUUAAAGGUCAAGCAAAGUUCACGUGUGAUGAUGGAUUCGAUUUAAUAGGAAGUGAAACGAUAACCUGCAAUGCAAAAGGCAAUUGGAGUGACGACAUUCCUGAAUGUAAAAGCAUUUAUGAAUGUCCGGCUUUAAAAGCGCCUUCAAAUGGUGUCUUAAUUUACGCUUCUGAUGCUGGUGUCAUCAAAGCCAACUUAUCUGCUUAUCCUGUUGGAACUUUCGUUGAAAUAAAUUGCAAUGAAGGUUUUCAACUAACCAACGAGAAUAUAGUGUCAUGUACAGAUCAAGGCGUUUGGGAUUUUGAAGUGGAAAAUUGUCAACCAAUCACUACCAAAACCACAACAAAACGUGUGAAAAUUCCAAAUGAAUUUUGGGGAAAUUUCAGAACUUUUCUGUUUUACUCUUGCAUUGAUGGAACUGAAGAGAGAUCAAAACUUUGUGACUUUUAUCAACCAGAUUUUGAUACUGAUUUGUCAUCUUUUAAUAUUCCUGAUACGCCAGAAUAUAAAGAUAUUAAUUCAAAUCUUUACAAAUUACUUCAACACAUUCAAGAGUCGCCUGACAAAAAAUCUUUGACGGCUGGAAAUUUUCUAUCAACAUUAUUGAAGGGAAACGACGUUAGCAAGUCAAUGCGUGACUCAUAUCGAUUUAUGAUUUGUUUCUAUAUCAAAAAUGUGAUCAUGAUUGAGGAUGAAGACCAAGAAUCAUCGGAGAAUGAAGACAAACCAACUGACAAUGACAUCACGAAAAUCAAGAAAUUAAUCAAAAGAAUUUCCAUUCCAAUCUACUAUAAUCAAUUAAUUAUGACAGAAACGAAAUAA